AAUGGCUCGCCGGUUACCUUUUUGUUUGGGCACAGAAAAACCCGCCCACUACCCAGCAAAUAACGGAAGAAUGAAACUGAUGUAUAAUGCUUCUUCUUUUCUGGUUCUCCCUCUUCCUUUCAGACUCUGCUAAAAGGCUCUCUCUUCUGUACUUGGCUUUCGUUUGUUUCUCUCUUUACCAGCACGUCUCAAAGAUAUUAGGGGACUGAAGAUAUUGGGUAUUAACUAUAUUCCCCUUAUUUGUAUGGCUACAAAGAGAGUCAAACAUGAUGAUGGAAUGAAGCAAGAUCAGGAACCUGAUACCACAUUUGAGGAUCGAAUAUCGGACUUACCUGAUGCUAUCAUUCUUCACAUAUUAUCUUUUCUUCCCACCUUAUAUGCCGUUCGGAUGAGCCUUCUUUCCAAGCGAUGGAGACGCAUGUGGACUUUGGUUCCUGUGUUAGACUUUUGUGAUUCAAGGGAUACUCACGAUUUCAGAAGAGUUGACGAAAGAAGUACUGGACGGAAAAAAUUCUAUAAGUUCGUAAAUGAGUGUUUGAAACACCCAUAUGCAGAUACAACCAUUUCUAAAUUUAAGCUCAGAAUGGAAUACUAUGGAGGCAGUAGCCAAAUGAAUGGUUGGCUGAAAUUUCCCGUUAAAAAGAAUGUUCAGGAGUUAGACCUCCAUUUUCAAUCUGCAGGAUACUGCUUACCUUAUAGCAUAUAUCAUUUGAGAGCGUUAACUGUUCUAAAGUUGAAUGGUUUAGCAUUGUUCAGUUUUUCUCCUUCAAGUCUUCCUUCGCUGAAAGAGUUGUAUCUCACAAAUAACCGACUGGACGAUCGAUUACUGAACUUUCUUUUCUUGGGCUGCCCUUCUCUCGAGAUACUUCAUGUAAAUUAUUGUUACGGCUUGUUAAAUCCAAAAGUUACAAGUUUGAGCCUGAAAUCAAUGGAAUUUAGGACCGAUUGUCAGACAAUUGAAGUUGAAGCUAUUAAUCUCCAUUCUUUUGUAUAUAGUCAAGGUGGAGGCCGCAAUAUAAAUUUGGCUCGGUGUAGGACAAUUAGAAAUCUCUCGAUUUGCAACGCUUGUUUGACUGACCAAUGGUUAGAAGAUUUGAUUCCUCAACUUCCCCUGCUGGAGAGCUUGAAAUUAAAGGAUUGCCUUGGCUUGCAACACAUCAAGAUCUGGAAUCAACGUUUAAAAGUCUUUGAUCUCUCUUUUGAUCGUCGAUUGGACUCACUUGAGGCUACAAUUGAUACCCCAAAUUUAGUUUCCUUUAGCUACAGUGGGUGUUCAAUGUUUAAAAUUUCAGUUAAGGCACCGAAUCUUUCGGAUGCCUAUAUCAAAGUUCCUGACUACCCUAGGAAGGCUUAUGAUGUCGAAUGGUAUGCCAGUCUAAUAAAGUUCCUUUCGGAAUUCAAUGUCUCCAAAAACGUUCGUGUGUUUUUCUCCAAUGAAAAGGCUCUCAUCAUUCCAGAUGAAGUGAAAACGAUAUACGGUUCUCCGUUGCCCGAUCUCAAGCAUAUGAAGGUGCGGACGGGUGGUCGACUGUUUAGGAAGGUGAUGCUCAGAAAAUCUUUGCUUUGGAUUGCACCUUGUUUGAAGACAUUGCCAUUUGGAUAAUAGAUCUCUACUUUUAGUGCAUGAUAUCUGUAACUUAAGCUUAGAUUAUGCCAUGAAAAACUAGGACCUUUGUUAUGCCUUUGUGGAAGUUGACUGCAGAUUUCUGUUCUACUAAUGUAAAAACCUCUGGGUGUGUUUGGA